UUUUUUUUUUUUUUGUAUUCCCAAUUUGCUAGUUGGAAUUAAGAACUCUAGCUACUAGCUAGCAGCAUAUGAAGAUUUAGUAGAGGCUCUGUGUGAGAUUGUGAUAUGAAAAAGUUAUACGGAUGCUAGCCUAGAGAUUUUCACUUACUACGGCGUUGUAUUAUUGUCAGUUUUAUUUUCCAAACAUUUCCUGAAAGUAGACGACAAGCCCUUGGAUCUUGCCUCCAAUCAUUUCUGCGCCAAUGUGAAACCACUUCUAUUAAGAGUGGAGAAAACGGUGAUGAAGCCAACCUGCAUCCCUUGGAAGAAGAAAAUAUAAUGAAGAAGUCUCUGAGGUCAAAGCUGGUGAAGAAGGGGACGUGAAAGAUGACGAAUCUUUCAAGAGAAAAGCAGAUGACGAUGAAAUUUUGAAGGAAACUAAGAAAGCUAAAGUUCCGUGAAAUCAUCUUCUAGCGGAGGAAGACAUUGAGGAAUAGGAACAGUCUUUGAGUGAAACUAUAUUUGGAAUUGCAGCUUACUAUGUUGGAUGAUAUAGGUUUUGGCUGACAUAAGUCUAUAGCUUUUGGCUUUUGUACUAUUUAAAAAGUCUCUAAAAGUUGUUAGUUGUUUAUAUGGCAAGCCAAUUUUUAAGAGCUUUUCAAAAAAUAAAAGCUCUUUUUUGAUAUGCUACAGGUAGAAGCAUCUGAGGAAAGUCUGUGACUUUUGGCGAUGGAAAAUUCCUCCUAAAUUGAAGUUCUUCUUUUGGCAGGUAUGUUGUGGCUUGCUUCCUACAAAAGUUAAUUUGCAACUUAGAAAGGUAGAUUGUGCAGUCAACUGUGGGCUUUGUGGAAAUAAUGAGGAAACGCUGCAGCACCUCUUCGUGGACUGCCCGGUGGCGAAGGAGGCCUGGGACUCAAUCCGGUGGAGCUGGUUGGAUUCUUCCUCGAAUUCUUUCCUGGAGCAGGUUCAGGCAGAAUUUCAAGUUAGAAAAGAGGAGGAUUUAUACAGGCUGGUUUGGGGGUGUUGGGGUAUUUGGUGCGAACGUAAUAACAGAUUCUGGAAUGGGGUGAUCUCUGAUCCGAAGCAGAUCUUAGUUAAAGCCAGGAUGUUCAUAGAAGGCUGGAGGUUGGUGCAGAAAACAGUGGGUGAGGCAAACUAUUCUGGAAGAGCAACAAUUUCAAGUUGGAGAAGACCUUCUCCUGGCAGAUACAAACUGAACGUGGAUGCGGCCGUGAGAGAUAAAUUAUGCGGCCUAGGGUGGAUUUUAAGAGAUGGCUAUGGGAACUUUGUUGCAGGUGUGUCAAAGGUUUGGCAUGGAAGUUUAUCUCCUUUGGAAGCCGAGCUGAUUGGUAUUCGGGAAGCUCUGAGUUGGAUGAAAGAAGGAGGGUGGGAUGGCGUAGAAGUGGAGUCUGACUCUUCGGGGGCGGUAACGGAGAUUCUCCAGGAGUCGAGUAUAUCCUUAGCAGGAAUUAUUGGUGGCGACAUUAGAGAGAUUAAUCUGGGUUUUACCGACAUCUCUUUUACUCAUAUUAGACGAUCAGCGAAUAGGGCAGCUCAUGAAUUAGCUAGAGCCGCUUGUUCCGUGUCUGGUUGUAUUUGUUGGGAUAAUCACCCUCCUCAUUUUAUUGUUCAUGUACUUAACACUGAUUUGAUGAAUGAUAG